GUGUGUUCUCCCCCUCAACAGUUACGACUUAUUUUAACUUUUUCUUACGGGAGUGGAAAACUAUUGGGAAGGGAAAACAGCUGUGUGCUAUAAAACGAAAGUUUAACUUUGGGGACAAACGGGACCUGUUGCGGGGGUGGGGGGGGUAAAAGUAGUCCCGGCGGGGGGGUGGUCAUAACCCCGGAAGUCAACGUCUGGCGCGCAUUUCAGUUUGGCGGUUUCGGAUCUGCAGUCAAACCGGGGCGGGAUGUGGUCGCCAACCAACCGAGCUUCUGAGGAGUUUUACGCUCGUCUCCUUAAGGAAUUUGAUGAAGAAAAGAAAGGAAUCUGUAAAGAUCCAUUUAUCUAUGAGGCUGAUGUUCAAGUGCAGUUGAUCAGCAAAGGCCAACCAAACCCUUUGAAAAAUAUUCUAAAUGAAAAUGACACAGUAUUCAUCGUGGAAAAAGUGCCUUUAGAAAAGGAAGAAACAAGUCAUGUUGAAGAACUACAAUCUGAAGAAACUGCUAUUUCUGAUUUCUCUACUGGUGAAAAUGUUGGACCACUUGCUUUACCAGUUGGGAGAGCCAGGCAGUUAAUUGGACUUUACACCAUGGCUCACAAUCCUAAUAUGACCCAUUUGAAGAUUAAUCGGCCAGUUACUGCCCUUCCUCCCCUUUGGGUAAGGUGUGAUGGUUCAGAUCCUGAAGGUACCUGUUGGCUGGGAGCUGAGCUUAUCAUAACCAAUAACAUCAUCACAGGAAUUGUCUUGUGCAUGGUCACCUGUAAAGCUGAUAAAAAUUAUUCUGUAAAUCUUGAAGACCUCAAAAAUUCACACAAGAAAAGACAUCACUUGUCUACUUUAACAGCCAGUGGCUUUGCCCAGUAUGAGCUCUUUAAGUCCACUGCCUUGGAUGAUACAGUUGCUGCCUCGCAAACUACGAUCACUUUGGAUAUUUCCUGGAGUCCUGUGGAUGAGAUUCUUCAAAUCCCUCCACUCUCUUCAACUGCAACUCUGAAUAUUAAGGUGGAAUUGGGAGAGCCCAGAGGUCCUCUGAAUCAUCUUCACAGACAACUGAAAUUUUUCCUUGUUUUAGCUGAUGGUUUGAGGACUGGUGUAACUGAAUGGCCUGAGUCUCUGGAAGCAAAAUCUGCUGUUGAACUUGUGCAGGAAUUUCUGAAUGACUUAAAUAAGCUGGAUGAAUUUGGUGAUUCUACGAAAAAAACCACAGAGACAGUGAAACAUGACUCUGCUGCAGUUGAUCAGUCCAUGGAGUGUCUUCUCACAGUACGGGGUGAUUUCGAUUUUGCUGAGCAGCUGUGGUGCAAAAUGAGUAGUAGUGUGAUUUCUUAUCAAGACUUGGUGAAGUGUUUCACGUUGAUCAUCCAGAGUCUACAGCGUGGUGAUAUACAGCCAUGGCUUCAUAGUGGGAGUAACAGUUUACUAAGUAAGCUCAUUCAUCAGUCUUACCAUGGAACCAUGGACACGGUUUCUCUCAGUGGGAUUGUUCCAGUUCAGAUGCUUUUGGAAAUUGGUUUGGAUAAACUGAAGAAAGAUUAUAUCUGUUUUUUCAUAGGCCAAGAACUUGCAUCUUUGAAUCAUUUGGAAUAUUUCAUUUCUCCAUCAGUAGAUACACAAGAGCAGGUUCAUCGUGUUCAAAAACUCCACCAUAUUCUCGAAAUAGUAGUCAGUUGCAUGCUUUUCAUUAAACCUCAACAUGAACUCCUCUUUUCUUUAACACAAUCCUGCAUAAAAUUUUAUGAACAAAAUCCUCUUGAUGAGCAACACAUUUUUCAGCUGCCAGUUAGACCAACUGCUAUAAAAGACUUAUAUCAAAAUGAGAAGCCACAGAAAUGGAGAGUGGAAAUAAACAGUGGUCAAAAGAAGGUGAAAACAGUUUGGCAACUGAGUGACAGCCCACCUGUAGAUCAUCUGAAUUUUCACAAACCUGGUAGAGAUGAUUUUUCUGAAUUAACAUUAAACGGUAGCCUGGAAGAAAGGAUAUCCUUUACUAACAUGGUUACCUGCAGCCAGGUGCAUUUCAAGUGAAGUGUGCUGAUGGGGCCCUCUGUAAG